AUGCCUACUUUCCUCAUCAACCACAACAAAGCCCGAGCCCGCAGCGUCCAGCUCGACAAGACUCUGGCUCUCGAAGCUGCGGCCGCAGAGGUAGCAAAGAAGCGAGAGUCGACCGGCACGCCACCGGUUCCUACGACUCGGCACAGCAGUUUGGCUCUCACGGGACAAGAGAAUCGAGAUCCGUCUAUUCGACAUUACAGGAGCAUGCUUGUUGUGGAUGCCCCGACACUUCCGUCAUUGGGUCCCCUGAAACCCAUGGACUGCACAGAGCUCUACGACCAGGACCUUGCACCUUCUCCGCCCCCACCAUAUGCACCCAGCCCCGUGCUCUCAGCGGUCAACGAGAGCAAGAACAUUGUUCGCAGAAAGCUGACAGGCUACGUCGGUUUCGCCAACCUGCCGAACCAAUGGCACCGCAAGAGUGUUCGAAAGGGAUUCAACUUCAACGUCAUGGUUGUUGGUGAAUCUGGCUUGGGCAAGUCGACUUUGGUCAACACUCUGUUCAACACAUCCCUCUACCCUCCCAAGGAGCGCAAGGGACCGAGCUUGGACAUCAUUCCCAAGACUGUCACCAUCCAGUCCAUCAGCGCAGACAUCGAGGAGGCCGGUGUUCGUCUACGCUUGACUGUCGUCGACACCCCUGGUUUCGGCGACUUCGUGAACAACGACGAGUCGUGGAGACCUAUUGUCGAGAACAUCGAGCAGCGAUACGACGCCUACCUUGAUGCCGAGAACAAGGUCAACCGCAUGAACAUCGUUGACAACAGAAUUCACGCAUGCGUGUACUUCAUCCAGCCCACCGGUCACGCGCUGAAGCCCCUGGACGUCGAGGUUAUGCGUCGCCUGCACACCAAGGUCAACUUGAUUCCUGUCAUUGCCAAGGCUGAUACCCUCACCGACGAGGAGAUUGCCAGCUUCAAGGCCAGAAUCCUUGCCGACAUCAAGCACCACGGUAUCCAGAUCUUCGAGGGACCUCGUUACGAGCUCGAUGAUGAGGAGACUAUUGCUGAGAACAACGAGAUCAUGUCCAAGGUCCCCUUCGCUGUCGUUGGUGCCAAUAACGAGAUCACCAACGCCGAGGGCCGCAAGGUCCGCGGACGUCGCUACCCGUGGGGUGUCAUCGAGGUCGACAACGAGGAGCACUGCGACUUUGUCAAGCUUCGACAGAUGCUUAUCCGCACCCACAUGGAGGAGCUCAAGGAGCACACCAACAACAACCUGUACGAGAACUACAGAACCGACAAGCUUACCGCCAUGGGUGUUGCCCAAGACCCUAGCGUGUUCAAGGAGGUCAACCCUGCCGUCAAGCAAGAAGAGGAGCGUACCCUGCACGAGCAGAAGCUCGCCAAGAUGGAGGCCGAGAUGAAGAUGGUCUUCCAGCAGAAGGUGGCCGAGAAGGAGAGCAAGCUAAAGCAGAGCGAAGAGGAACUGUACGCCCGGCAUCGCGAGAUGAAAGAGCAGCUGGAGCGACAGCGGUUAGAACUCGAGGAGAAGAAGGCCAGAGUCGAGAGCGGACGGCCGAUCGAGAAGGAGGGCAAGCGCAAGGGUUUCUCCCUUCGCGCAUAA